AAGAGUCUAUAAAAUAAAAACAAAAGGAAAAUUUACAAAAAGAAAGAAAGACAAAGAAACAUAUAACUGGUGAAGAGAGGAGGCAGUAAUGGAGAACAAAGGUCAUGGGUUUCAGCGUUUUAUUAGUAUAGUUUUUUCAAACUUUGCCUUCAUACCCGCGCACUUACUCUUCCUUCCGUUGGCUUUCCCAUUUUCAUUUUUAAAAAUCUUUCUUCUUUUAUUAUUAUCUUAAAUAUAUUUAAUUAUAGUUCUACAAAAUGGUUUUCAUGUGGAGAGAGAAAUAAAAUUACUUCAAGACACAUAUAUAUAUAAUCAAGAAAAUAUUUCGAAAAAUUUCAUGGGUUCUUUUUAUAAUUUAUUUUUCAGUCGUAUUUUUGAGUUUGAUAAAACGAGACACAUGUGUUUUCUUAUAGAAGAAGCCUUUUAUUUCUCUCUUCUUUUAGCCGUUUUGGAGAAACUCGAUCUCUGUAAAAACAAUAUAUAUAUAUAAAUAUAUAUAUAUCGAAACAGAGGAAUGAAGUGGAGAAUAAAAUAAAGCAGGGUAAACUUGAGAGUAUUGAGUGACGAAAAUGAGUUCCUUUUCAGAGUUUGUCUUUAAUUAGGUUUUUUGUUUUUUGUUUUCCUGAUUUUUCUUUUUAUUUUCCUGGAAAAAAGUUGAAGCAGUCAUUGUGUGUAUGAUAGUAGAAGUUUUUUUGAUUUUUUUUUUUCUGAAAAAGGUAACGGAGCGUCGAAGAAAGAAAGAGAAAGAGAGAGAGAGAGAGAGGAUAUAUAGAGUAAGAAAGAGACAGAGGAAGUAAAAGAAGAAGAAGAAGAAAAAAUGGAAGAUACGAAGAAGAAAAAAAAGAAGAAUAUUAACAACAACCAAGAUUCCAAGAAAAAGGAACGUCAUAUUGUUUCUUGGUCACAAGAGGAGGAUGUUAUACUAAGAGAACAGAUUACUCUACAUGGAACUGAAAAUUGGGCGAUAAUUGCAUCCAAGUUCAAAGAUAAAAGCACAAGACAAUGCAGAAGAAGAUGGUAUACUUAUUUAAACUCCGAUUUCAAGAGAGGAGGUUGGUCCCCUGAAGAAGAUAUGCUUUUGUGUGAGGCGCAAAGAGUAUUUGGGAAUAGAUGGACUGAGAUAGCCAAGGUGGUUUCAGGCAGAACGGAUAAUGCUGUGAAGAACAGGUUUACAACACUUUGUAAGAAGAGGGCCAAGCAUGAAGCUAUGGCUAUAGAGAACAACAACUCAACCAACAAAAGAAUGUUGUUCUUAGACGGUAUUAGUACACCGCAAAAAGCCGAGAACGAAGCUCCUAUCGCUAAGAGAAUGAGGAGAAGUAACAUUCUAGAUCUCACAGAUAUCAGUAACAAUGGUAAGCCUGAGUCUUGUAUGAAACAGAACAUGAUGAGGUCACCAUUUUCGGUAUUGGCACGCAAUGCCAUAGGUAUUGAUGAUAGCUUGGAGGACCAGAAUCAAACAAGCAAUGUGAAGGAGAGUGAUGGUGAAGGGAUGUUUCUUAAGAAGGAUGAUCCAAAAGUGACAGCUUUGAUGCAACAAGCUGAACUUCUAAGCUCCUUGGCGCUAAAAGUUAAUGCAGACAACACAGAACAAAGCAUGGAGAAUGCAUGGAAGGUCCUUCAGGAUUUCUUGAAUAAAGGCAAAGAAAAUGAUCUAUUCAGACAUGGAAUAAAUGAUUUCGAUUUUAAAAUCGAGGAGUUUAAGGACCUUAUAGAGGAUUUGAGGAAUGGUUAUGAAGACAAUCAGCCAUCUUGGAGGCAACCUGAUCUUCAUGACUCACCAGCUAGCUCUGAGUAUAGUUCAGGAUCAACCAUCAUGCUGGAUCAGUCUGGUGAUAAUAGAACACAACCAUCAUUAUCAGAUACUCAGACAGAACAUAAACAAGUUGGGGAGGAGUUGCCCUCAGCUUGCGAUGUCCCACAAGAUCCUGAUGAGAAUUUGCCCAUCUCGGGGGAAGAAAAGUUCAGCUCGCCUGUUCAGGUCACACCAUUGUUCAGAUCUCUAGCAGAUGGUAUCCCAAGUCCACAAUUCUCUGAAAGUGAAAGGAGCUUCCUGCUAAAAACACUUGGGAUUGAGUCCUCUUCUCCAUGUCCAAGUGCUAAUCCUUCAAAACCACCCCCUUGCAAAAGAGUACUUCUUCAUAGCUUGUAAACCAACCAACCAACCGUCUUUGGUCCAUCUCUCUCAUACCAUAAACCGCAGCUUUGUCUCCUUGGAGACGUGAUUUUUUUCCCCACUUUUGCUUAGAUUUCAUUUUAGGUUUUGCAGCCAUAUCGGCCUGGAAGUUUUUGUGAAGCGGGCAUGCCAUGAUCUGCAUUCCUUCCUCAGGGUUUUUUUAAAAAGUUUCUACGUUGGUCCUAGAAUGUUAACGGUAACACUUCUAGCCCCCCAAUCAAAAGAAAGCUCUCAAGAAUCUGCCAUGUACUCAGAUUCAGCUUUCAGUUUCUUUUCUUACUAAAAUAUAAGGAAGCCAUCUACAAAGGAAGGCACCAGUGUUGUCUUUAAGAAAAAUUCUUUGGUUUGUCUCUUAAGGGUCAUACUCAGAUACAUCAUCUGAGCAUUUUCCCGUGAUUUCUUAAUUUGUUUUCAUCAUCUCUGUACAGAAUCUCUAUCACAUAUAUAUAAAAAAGUAUUUCAGAGUGUAA